AAAGAUGGAAACCAGAAGUAAGUCCCAGCUACUUGUGCUGCUAACACUUGUCAGCAUGCUCUUCUCUCACACGUUGGCAUGGCCUCUUUUUGGAGCACCCUCUGCUCUGAGGUUGGAUGACAGAAUACCACUUGAAGAAGAAAAUGAACCUGAUCAAGUUUCAUUAAAAGUAGACACCGACAUCUUGCAAAAUGCAUUAGCUGAGAAUGACACACCCUAUUAUGAUGUGUCCAGGAAUGCCAGACAUGCUGAUGGAGUUUUUACCAGUGACUUUAGUAGACUCUUGGGUCAACUUUCUGCCAAAAAAUACCUUGAGUCCCUUAUUGGAAAGCGUGUUGGCAAUAGCAUCUCAGAAGACCAGGGCCCAAUCAAACGCCACUCGGAUGCAGUCUUCACGGACAACUAUACCCGCCUCCGAAAACAAAUGGCUGUAAAGAAAUACCUGAACUCAAUUCUGAAUGGGAAGAGGAGCAGUGAGGGAGAAUCGCCUGACUUUCCUGAAGAGCUAGAAAAAUAAUGGAAAAGCUCUUUGAGGCAAAGCUGCUGACAACUUCCCAGUGAAUUCGUGGAGGAAAAUGAUAGGCGAAGUAAUUAUAUUUUGAGUUCUAAUAUGUAAUUCAAGAAAACAACUUCAAUAUCAAAACCAAAUAAAAUAUAUAGUGUUGUGAAUGUUGUGGUUUACUUUAUCCUAAUGUAAUAACUGUGAUGUUUACAUUGUAAAUAUUAUUUGAGAGUCCUGAAACCUGUCUUUAACUCAUAAAGAUCCUGUAAUUUCAUAUGCUGUGUAUCCUUUCUAACAAAAAUAUAUUUAGUGAUAAGUAAAUACUAGGCUAAUUCCAAUUAUGUGAAGCUUUUGAGGAGAGUAGUAAUAGAACACAAAUGAUGUGUUUAUUUAUAGAGCAUACUUAACUAUUCAGAAGUGUGGAGCACAUAAUCAGUGUGUCUAAAUUUGAAUGUUAAGCAGCUAGAGUGCUGUGUUAAAUAAACUGCAAAAUGUCUAAGGGAAAACCAAGAACAAAGAUAAAAAGACAUUCUUUGAAACUGAUUUUCAGAAAGUGGUAUACGUUUUCACAUUUUUAGGCAUCAUUUAUUUUGAGUAAGAUGUAGUCUCUCCAAUUUGGAUCUGUAAUUGCCGAAAUCUCUCUCUGUCAUGGUGUUUCAGUGAAAGAAAGCGGCCUCUGUUCCUGACGUUUGACCUUUCCUUUCUG